AUGCACAAGUGGAGGAUGGUCAUCGCCUACGAUGGAACAAAGUUCAAAGGUUGGCAGUAUCAACCAUCAAUUCCAACAAUACAAUACUUUCUAGAGGACGCACUGAUAUGCAUCACUAAGCUGGAUCGGAAGAAACUGUGCUUGGUCGGUGCAGGCAGGACUGAUACAGGUGUUCAUGCGUGGGGUCAGGUGGCACAUUUUACUACACCCUUCAGUUACCGUUGCCUCAAUAGUAUUCAUUCUGCAAUGAAUGGACUCCUUCCUCCUGAGAUUCGAGUCAGGGAAAUUAGCGCAGCACGUCCUGAAUUCCAUGCUCGCACAUCCACAAAGAGCAAAGUCUAUCGCUACAAGAUCUAUAAUGAAGCAAUCAUGGAUCCCUUUCAUAAUCGCUAUGCUUAUCAUAGUGCUUAUAAACUUAAUCCCCAUGCCAUGCAGGAGGCUGCAAAUUAUUUUGUUGGAACCCAUGACUUCACAUCCUUUGCUAAUGCUGCACAUAAUGAUCGUGAGCGCAGACCCACAAAGAAGAUAACACGUUUUGAUGUUACUGAAAUGGGUGCUGUCCUACAGCUCGAGGUUGAAGGUACCGGUUUUCUGUACAGACAAGUGAGGAACAUGGUUGCUUUGCUGCUUCAAGUCGGAAAGGAAGCACUGCCUCCUGAUAUCGUUCCAGCGAUCAUUGCGGCCAGGGACCGCAAAGAACUGGCGAAGGUGGCCUUGUCAGCACCACCACAUGGAUUGUGUCUCAUGUCGGUUAACUAUGACGAGGAAAUCCUGAAGCCUCCUGAAGGUUCCCCUCCAAUUUCCUUUGGCAGAGCUCACCAUCUUAGUAAAUGCAAACUUCCAUUUUAUUAA